GAAGCUUCAGCUAUGUUAUUAAGAGUAGAGCUUUUAUUUUUAAAAAGUAGUUGAAAAGCUUUGAAGAUACAUUAACAUUUAUUCUUAAAGUUUUCCACAAACACAUUUUUGGGUCAUUUAAUACAUAAAGCAUUACUCCCCCUUAGUACCCCACUAGCUCUCCAUUCGCAAAACAAGCCCUGAUUUAAUACAGCCUGGGGGAAGCCUGGGUGGUGAGGGGAGGGUGAGAUCUUACAACAGGUAUCUAACGAAUGUCAUUGAAAACAUCUGGAGUGCUUGCCUCCCUUCCCCGAAACAGAUGCGAGAACCUUCGACCCACUGGCCAGUAAGAGCAACUAACCUAAAACAAUGCCCUUCCCUCAUUGUCUCUCAAGGUCUUUUAGGAGGGUGGUUAAUCUAGCUGUAUUUCCUCUUCCUGUUCUGGCUGCAGGGAGGGACAAGAUGAGGUGAAAGGAGGCACACCUCCAAGGUCGGCUAGAGCCAUAGCAGAAGUGAAAAUCCUGUUCCAGCUCCUGCCACUUCAUACUACAAGCUACUUUCUCAGCCCUUUUUCCAGUUACCUGCUCAGCCAUCUGCCAGCAUCCAGCCAGCUAUGAAGCACGAAUGAGAUGGGUUCUAGUAUCUCCCCAUCUAAGACUAGGAAUGCCCACCUUCCCCAUCCCCAGAUCCCCAAAACACCAGAGGGGACAAUAGAACCAUCCUUGCAUCUGCCCACAGAACUUCCAACUGCCUUGGGUCAUCCAAGGGGAUGUCGUGUCACAUUGUUUUUCCAAAAAAAAAUAUAAAAGCUUUAAUCUCACCUGGCUACAAGAGGAAGGCUAAAUGUGAUUUUAAUGCAUUAUAAAGUGUAGGCAACCUGAAUUCUUUGGUGAACUCAAGUUGACAGACUUUUCAUCCAGUGGGAUUUUUAGGCAAAGUCCCUGCUGAGUUUUUUUAUUUUCUUAAACUGGAGGCAUUUCCUUGAACUGCAUGUUUUAGGGCUCUUUUUCUUUUUCCAGAAACCCAACCAGAAAUAAGCCCAAAAGGGGGAUUUAUUGGAAAUAAACUGUUAGCCCAGAGAAUUAAGGAAGUACUACAGGAACUAGAUUACUUUGGGGACUCGUGGGCUGGAACCAGGAACUCAGAUACUGUCUCUCCUCUUCCUCAGGGGCAGGCAGCUCCAGCAUCACAAGCUCUCAGCUAAAGCACUUCUCUUUCCUGGAUUCAGCUUGAGAGAGCUCUGGGAGAAACUGGCCAGGCUUGGGUCACGUCCCCACCUGUUGGACCACUCACGGUAGCCAGGAAUGGAUAGGUCUUUACAUUUGUUUAAUCCAUCUGGAAUUGACUUUGGUGUGUAUAAGCAUUCUGAAGAGCUGUCCACCAAUCACAGGGCUCCUUACUGGGUGAAAAAACAACUGCUAGACAUUGCCAGGAGUCCCUAGCAACACUGUGGCUUUUGAAAUCUGGAGGGGGAGGCCGUGCAGUCAGCGGAUAGUAGAGGAAAGUGCUGAUGCCUCAGGAGGAGACGGCUCUCAGGAUGGACACCCCACCCUCUGAAGAACCCUUAGAUAAGCAAAACAAAAAACUAGAAAACCAAGAAGAGGAGAUGGAGUUUAAGGAACUGGAUGGUCUGAGGGAAGCCUUGGCAAACCUCCGGGGACUGUCCGAGGAGGAGAAGAGUGAGAAGGCGAUGCUGUACUCCCGCAUCCAGGAGCAGUCCCAGCUCAUCUGCAUCCUGAAGCGGAGGUCGGACGAGGCCCUGGAGCGCUGCCAGAUCCUGGAGCUGCUCAACACAGAGCUGGAGGAGAAGAGGAUGCAGGAGGCUGAGAAGCUGAAGGCCAAGAGCCAGCAGGCCCAGAGGCUGGAGGAACGCUUUAUGACCCUGGCAGCCAACCAUGAGUUGAUGAUCCGCUUCAAGGAUGAACACAAAAGUCAGAACAUCAAGCUGAGAGAGGAGAAUGAGAAGCUGAGGAUGGAGAAUGACCACCUCUUCAGCCAGGCUCUGAAGGACCAGGAGGCCAAGGUAUUGCAGCUCACUGCCCGGAGUGAGGCCCUCACCCAGGAGCUGGAGUCUCUGAAGCAGAGGAGCGCUCAGGAGGCCUGCCAGGCCCAGGCCCGAGAGAAGGAACUGCUGGAGCUGUGCCAGAGCCAGCAGGCCUGCGCCAACACCAAGGACACAGAGCAGCUGCGCAGCCAGCUGCAGAGCCUCAAGCAGCAGCACCAGCAGGCCGUGGAGCGGAUGGCCAAGGCCGAGCAGGCACACAGCCAGCUGAACCGGCAGCUGCAGGCCAGGCUGCAGACCGUCACUUGUGAGAAAGACGAGCUGGUGCAGCUGUCCAUGGAGAGGGGCAAGGUGCUUCAGAACAAGCAAGCGGAGAUCCGCCAGCUUGAGGAGAAGUUGGAGACGGCCGAUGUGGCCAGGAGGCAUGCGCUAGAGCGGUUUGAACGAGAGGCAGUGGCCGUGGAUAGUAACUUGAGAGUCCGGGAACUCCAGCGCAGGGUAGAUGGGAUCCAGAAGGCCUAUGAUGAACUCAGGCUGCAGUCCGAAGCCUUCAGAAAGCACAGCCUGGAUCUUUUAAGCAAGGAGAGAGAACUCAACGCCAAACUCCGCCAUCUCUUUCCAUAAGGAAGCUUCUGGUUCCUCUGGCCUCCAAUUUAGAAAUCAAGUAUUUGUGCCUUGUGGCGAGAGCAAAGAUGGGAUUCCGUUUAUUCUACUUUUAAGUACAAGAGACCACUCAAAGAAAAACUACUUUACUAUGAUAUUGUUGUUGCCAUUGUCAGGAUAACACUAAUUUUCAGUCCUACCACCUAGAAUACACGAGAUUUACCAAAUUUCUUUCUGUGCCUUUGAAAUCUUCCUAAGUUUGCUAUCAGUAUCUCCACCUCCCCCAUAACUUAUUCAUUCUCAACCUCAGAUAUCUUCAUGUGUCCUAAGUUUUAAAAUUAGCAGCCGUUAUGGACUUGAGUGAAUCUUCAAAGUGCAAUGGGAUGUGUUACUGUGAAAAGAAAAAAAUAGCAUAAUUAGCCCUUGUAGAUAGGUAGGCUUGUAAUCUCCCGUAGUUGAGACUGUAAGCUAUAACAGUUAAUAGCAUAUUAACAGCAUGGAUAACUUGCAGAAAAGUGUCUGAUUUUGCAACGGGCCAAACAGUUGCUUGCUUCACCUGCUUUAUGGCAGUAUCCUUUCUAUUUUAUUUUAUUCGCACUAGCUUGGAGAACAAAAAUUGAGCUCGUUAAAUUCUUUUCCAAAGUAGGCAAACUUUAUUAUAGUCAGUCUAUAUGAGCAAUAAGAUUCAAGUAAGUAAAAUCAAUCCAUUUUAAUUUUUCCUGCAAGCUUAGAUCACAUUCCAUUUUCUUGGUUUUUCUCCUUAAUAAAAAUAGGAUUUACAGGUACAAAAAAGCAAAUAUCAGUAGUUUCAUUUAAUAUUGUACAAUAUGCUAAUAGACAAAAGUCCCCAGUUUGGGGUAAUAGGUCAUAGCACGCUCGAUAUGAUACAUAUAGCAACACAUAGUGAUUGUUGUGUUUCUAUUAACAUACUUUCUUGCAACUCUUUCCUUUUUAAAAAAAGACCAUCUAAAUGGAAUGUAUAUAUGUAUACUUACAGCAUUUUUGUAGGAAUACUUAAAUGUGUAAUGAUAAAAGCAGAUAAUAGUUUUUAUAUAUAUUUAUGCAAAGUUCUUAAAGAGGUAGAUGUAAAAAUACACUUUAUGCUUACUUAUUUCCCUGAUUUAGUUGACAUAGAAGCAUUAUUAUGAAUCCUUCCCAAAAUAGAUUGCAGUGUAGUAUUUUUCUCACCCAUUUAGUGCCAAGAGUGCCAAGAGUUACCUAAUGAUUUGAAUUUAUUAAAAAAUAUUACUUGGUACCUUUUUAAUAAAUAAUUUUAAGCAUCACUUGCCUUACCUAAAGCAAUUUUUAAAACCUAUUUUCUCACAGUUCUAUUAAGAUUGUGGUAUUAAAUACAAAUUCCAAGGAUCCACCUUGCUGGCAUGAAAGGACUAUUUACUUCCUCUUACACAUUACCAAGAAUCAGAAUAUAUAGGAGCUGAUUAAGGUUACCCUUUAUUGAGUCCAUACUAUUUAUCAUUGUGCUGAAGCACUUUCAAUGUAUUGUUUUACUUAAUCCUUAGCACCACUGAAGAAGCUAAUAGUGUUCAUUUCUAUUUCAAAGAACAGGAAACUGAGAUUCAGUAAUUUGCUCAAGGCCACUUGGUCACUGGGGAGCCGGGAUUUUGAUGACAACAUCACACUGAAAGAUUUAUUGACUGUCUACUGAGUACCAAGCUCUGGGGGUAGGCACUGAGAAUAAGCAUGAAGAAGCAUGUUUUCUGCCCUGCAAGAGCUCCCACAGUCUAGCCCAGGGGCAAAAGAGCAGUCACAUACAGUGUAAUGUGUUUUCACAAGGGGUGUGUUUGAGAUCACAGUGGGUAAAACACACACACACACACACACACACACACACACACACACCAGUUAAAAGCCUGAGGGUAAGGGUUGGGAUGGUAGAGAGGAUUGCCCGGGAUGACUAACACAGAAGUUGAUACAUAAGCUGGUUCUUAAAUAACUAGUAGAAUUUUAUCAGGUGUUGAAAAGGGAGAAAGAUUGCAGACAGCAUCGUGUAGAAAGUCACAGAGGUUUGUAAAAAUGUCCAGAAUACUUGGAAAUCAUAAGUAGUUGGGAGGAGGUGCGGAGAAGCAUCUCUACAGAUAAAAAGAAGAGAAGAGAGGCGGGAGGAGACUGGCAAGCGCACAAACAGGAGCCACAGACGAGCCCUCCUCCUCCUCCCAUACAGGUUCGGGCGGAUUUGCGAAGAGACUGGUGCGCAUGCGUGCCAGCAUCUCUUCCUGCUCGCUCCUCCACCCCCGCUGGCCCGUGCAAGCUCCGCCCACUGCCCCAAACAGCUGUCAGGUGGGGUGAUGAUCUCUCCCGUUCAGCUUUUGUGCCCAGGCUGCGAGGAGGAGGAAGAGGCUCCUGGGCAAAGGCCAAGCGGGUCCUGAGGGCCAUUUGAGCAGAGAAUUCUGGGAUCCUCGUACAGGAGUGUGGGCUAGUAGAGGACUUGCCACCUGGGCUAUUCAUUAGGAGGGAAGGGUGCGUCUGGAAGAGCAUAGGGGAUGGGUAAGGUGCAUGCUCCCUAAAACGUGGGCACAAAGAAAGGGUCUCAGUUGCCCGGGUCUAAGGACAAUACUGUUCAGUCACGCUAAGGAGUUUGUGUUAGGUUGAACCAUAUAAAAUCGCCACUUUGUAGGUUACAAAUGAUUAGAUGUGGACCAUUUCAUAAUGCUCACUCUAAUACCCUUUUGAAAGAUAUUGGAAAGAAAGUGGGUAAUGAGAAUAGAAGGUCAAAGAUGGAUGCCUAGAGAACAGCUGAGGAAAGGAGCCCACAACCCAAAGGAAGAAAUAAGAGUAAUGUGAACCUAUCAUGUGUCAAGUGCUUUUCAUGUCACCCUCAUACCAACUCUUCAAGGGAGGUUCAGUUAUCACUAUUUUAUAGAUAAAAAAUGAGACUCAGAGAGAGAGGGUGACUCGUCCAAAGCCAGGAAGUUUUGGGAUGGCAGGGGUGAGAUUUGAACCCAAGCCCCUCUUGGCAGGACCGGCUUCGUGGACGUGCCACCUGCACGGGGACCCUGCACUUGGUUCUACUGCUGCUGCCUUGAGAUUCUUAAUAAUUGUGUGGCAAGGGGCUCCACAUUAUCACUUUAUGCUGGGCACAGCAAAUUAUGUAGCUGGACCUGCUUUCUGGCUCUAAAACCCAUGCUUUUUCCCAGUAUACAAACCACCUUCUAACCAGCCACAAAAGGGCACUGUUUUUUGUUUGUUUGGUUGGUUUUUUCUCCCCUCUGUGCUCCACAGCACUUUGUAAUUCCACUCUCAGUGCUUAUCUUGUAUUUAAUCUGUGACCCAGACCAGAUUAGGGCAUGGGCAACUAGAUUAGUUAUUGUGGUAUGCUCAUCUGUAAAGCCAUGCUUAUCAUUGGAACAAACUGUCAAAAUGUAAAUCAGCCACCUCCAGAUUACCGCCCUUGAGGAGAAAUUUAAAAACAAAACAACAAAACUCCUUUCUAAAGCAGACCUAGAUCCCUAGUGAAUUUGUCUGUGGCAUCCACAAGCAGUAACCCUAAAACAAAAAUCUGUAGAACAGAGAUUCUAAAACCAAAUAACGUGUGACUAGUGCUGUGUAGCUAUGUGUGAUCUUUUGUGUUACCUACACUGUAAGCCCUUCAGUGUGCCUCUGAGGAACUUGUCUGGUUCAAAAAAAAAUCAAAGAGAGCUAGAAAAGGAAGGAGAACUACAGGAAAAGUGAACCGACUGGAUGAUGUUUUCACAACACUGUCUCUGUUUCACUUAGUGAAAAUUAACUGAAGUUAGUUUGUUUCUAAUAAACAAAGUAUUGAUAGAAAAUCGAUUUCUCCCCAACUCCACUACAUUGAAGUUAAACCUUUAAAGAACACUGUUUGAAGGAAUACCUGCCCAGGUGCUUGCUGUUCUAUCCAGCCCUCAUUGACUCAGGUACCUGUGGAGUAGCUGUGGCUGGGUCGGGGCAGGAAUCAUUCUCUGUUCCCCACUAUGACAAGAUCAAGAGAACUGGGCAGACAUUUGAGAUACUACCUCUUGGCCCAUGAAUAAAGGAAAGAGGGCCACGACCCUAACUACUCUCCCUAAAGCUGAGCAGAUGACUUGUCAUUGGCCAAUUAUCAUUGGCCAAAAUCGGGCCAUAUGCAAAUACCCCAACCAAACAUCUUCAUGGGGAAUGUUGCCACCAUGACUGACUUGGACCAAUCAGGAUCUGCCUGGAUCCUGGAUAGGAUAGGAAUGAAGCCAAUCUCUAUGGCAUAUAGUACAUGGGGCUACCUGACAAAAGCAGGGCUUUACCAGCAAGGAUGCAGGGAGAUGGAUGUUGGGUGGGCCACCAACAGUGUCUGCUGUACCACAUCUACUUAGAUUGACAGGGCUUUAUCAGGCAGGGAGUCUUUUUUUUUUUUUUUCAAUCUCAGCCUCUUAAAAAAUUUGUUGGAAUUUUGGGAGGUGGCCAAGAAUGGACUUUUCUAAUCAUUUGUCCAUCUCCUUAAGGACAAACUGGAUAUUAUUUUCCAAACACUAGGAACAUCUUAUUAAAUUUAAGGGCCUAGGCUAUACAGAUGAGCCUCCCUACUUGAUGUUGUUCUUUUCAAACCUUCUGUUUAUCCCAUUUGGCAAAAACUAAUCCAAGAAAAAAAUUUUCCCUUGGAUAGAACUCCCUGGUCAUUCAUUACACAUUCAACUAACUACAGUGCCCCUUCCCCAACCCGCUCACUCCUCAGUUCAACAAAGGGACUUUUCCUAGCUAUUUGCCAGACUCUCCCUAUUUAAUGCUUCUAAUCCACUCUUAUUUGCACUAGUGUAAAAUAAUCUUCCCUUUCAUGUUUAAGAUGAUUCAUUACAGAAUUGUUUGUAAUAGCAAAAGAUUGGAAAUACCCUACAUACCAUCAAUAAGGAACCAAUUAAAUAAACUGUGGACCCUCCAUACCCUGGAAUACAUUGCAAAUGCAAAAAAAAAAAAAAAAAAAGAAAAGCAAGAAAAAGGAAG